AUGGCACAGCCGGGAUACGGCGCUGGCCAUGCGCCAGACAUCCUUCCGUCAGGAAUGAAGACACUGGCUGAGACUGGCUCGGCAGAACCCGGCGCAAGUCACCGCGACGCGACGAAGCUCUCGUUUGACCACAAUAGGCAAACGAUUCCGGGUCUUGGGCUUGGGUUCUUCGGAAAGGCGGAACCUUCAGCAGCAAGGCAGACUGACACGGCCGCAAACGGAAAACAGAACCGUGCAAACGCAGCAGCCAGCGAUUCGGCAGAAGAAGGAGAAAUAACCGCGGACGAGUUCGAGGACCUCUACGACGCGCAAGAACCGGUGCAUGUCGCUCAUCAAGAGCAGCCUGUACCCGAAAUUGAUAAUAGCUAUGUUGAGAUGAGCGACGAAGAGCGUGAUAGUUCCGGCUCGUACUCACCAUUUCUUUCGGCUAAAGAGCUGGAUGCACCGCGUCCCAACCCGGUCCCCUUGCCUGCUCGCGAUCCGGCUGCAAUCAUCGCGCCCAGCGCGGAAGAAGUACAAAAAAAACCCAUCGACAUCAUCGCGGAAGCUAGAACCCAAGCGAAAGAUUCCAUAUUACGGUUAAAAACAGCCAAUAUUGGCUAUCAGGAUUACGUUAAUGAAGGGAUCGACAAGGUUGUGCUCGAUCAGCUCUUUGGCGAUUUGGGCCUCGCAACAAUGUGGAAGAAGCCGGCACCGGCAGCUCCCACUGGUGCUCACCCGCCUUCUAAUCAAAUCAGCAGCACCACUUCAACCGCCAACGGCACGAAGCCAACCGCAGAGGUGCCACUGGAUAAAUCGGAGUCACGCAAAGACCGCAUUGCCCGACUUCUUGCUGCGAAAGGAUCGAAAUCUACGAAGUCUGGAGCAGCAACCGUCAUCGGGAAAAUAGCGAAAUCCCCAAAUAUGAAAGUGAAUUCGGAAAAGUCGAAGCUACUACAACAAAAGAUGGAGGCACUGCUCAAGGCUCGCGAAGAGAAGCAAAGGGAGCUUGAACGACAAACAGCAAUGGCAGUGUCAGGAUCUCCAUCCAAUCAAGAGGGAAUCUCUCGCACGAGCCAAGGUGCCCCUCCCGCAGAGCUGCCUUCGUCCUUGCAGGUAGUAGCUGCAAGCGAUCAAGCUCCUCAACCACCAGCAUUGGAAGCUGGAUCACUUUCUUCGUUCGCAAAGGCUUUACCUACUUCGAAUAGUGGAAGUGGUAGCGCCUCUGAAAGUUCUUUUCAAAAGCCUUUUGGACAAACGAGGCCAUUUCUUAUUGAUGUUAGCGAUGACGAUGACGACAUUGAUAUGGACAUGGAGUCUCCCGAACAGCGGAUGUCUAUAUUGCAUGCGCCUACCAGCCCCGGAAAAAGACAGCUACCAACACCCUCGGUUGCUCAAAGUCCCGGGUCCGUAAAUACACCGCCGGCGUCUCGCCAGGACUUGGAGAAGAAAAUUGAGGCCAUGAAGCGGAAGAUUGCAGAGGCAGAGGCAAAGAAGAGAAUCAAGUUAUCGGCGCCAGCAUCCCCGGCGGCCUCCCCGCGACCUAGGGCAUACGAUAUAUACGAAGCGAAAUCGAGCUCACCAGAUGUGUCUGCAUCUAUUCCCCAUGGUGCCGCUUCUCAUCGACUACCCAAAGUGGCGGAGGCAGGAUUGGUAUCGCCUGGCUCGCCAAAACAAAAUCGGUCUCGUGCCGCAAGCGAACGACUUCCGAUGCUUGAAUCGCGCCGGAAAGAACAAAUGUUGAGGCUGAAGGCGCUUCAAUCGCAAGUGGCCAAUAUCGAGCGAGAGCUUAAGGAAGGCCUCGAGGAAGAGCAAAAGUUACGGGAGGACUUGGACUACAUCUCUGAUGAUGACGUUCCCAUGUCCACGGGUUCUGAACCGGUUGCUCCUCGGGCAGUUUCAGCCCGCGCCUACACCGAACCCGUUGCAAACGUUGAGCAGGCGGGACAGGGCCUUGCGAAUCCUAUCGACAUACUGAGUCCUGACCAAAUUGUGACAGACUCGAGUUCUCGAUCAAGUCCCGAGGUGGUUGGGGCGGUUUCCAUCCCAUCGAACGGUCAAGGCUUGGAGGCAAAGGACCCACAAACCCUUCAGGAUGAGGCAAUAGAAGUAAUGCUAGCAUCAGAAAACGACGAGGACGUUGCUAUGGAUGAGGCAGCAAGCAGUGGAGAGGACGCAGACGACGAUUCUGACGGCUACGAGCCGGCCGAGGCUAGCCCGUACGAAACCGGACAUUCCUCUCCCAAUCUGAAGACUUCUGAUGCUGCACCGGAGCUUACUGACCGCGACCCAGCCGCGGCCGCUCUUAGUGCCGAACUUUUAUCUGCAGGGCGACAAGACUCUGCCCCCAUCAUGGAGCGAGAGAGAGAAGCACCAGAGAGCACACAUGCGGAUGUGAAUGAUGCACCCGCGCGGUCAAGCUAUUUAGCAUACGAUUCUCCCUUGCGAUACUUUCACUCAUUUCGCUUCCACCCGGAUUUCAACGAACUUGUGGCUGGUGGCUUGCGGUCUGCUACGUACAGUAAUAAGAUUGAUGCCAAGCUGCCGCUCUGCCCGGACGAGGUGGCAGGUAACGCAUGCCCCCGGGGAAAGAACUGUCACUUUCAGCACUUUGCAGACAUGAGUGCGCCCGAUGACCAAAUCCUGCUGCAGCUGGGCGCGUACCCCAAGUGCGAGGAAUCGAGGAAACAAGAGUACAUUGAGGGCCUCCGGCAGCUGCUGACCGACUAUCGCAACCGCAAGGUGAAAGAUUUCACAACACUCAGCCAAGGAAUCAUAGAGUACCGCGCCAAGUUCCACGGCGACGCUAGUAAGGUCCUCCCUCUGGGCACAGUUGCGCUCUGA